CGUGACGUCUUUGCUACUGAUAGUCACGCAUUCUUUCACCGCAACGCGCAGGCCGUUAUAAAUCUUAAAUGGUGUCUGUAGUUUGUUACCUACGCCGUUUAUUAUUUUUUUCUCUAAAUUAGAACUUUUGGGAUAAUUAUUGUAUCAUGACCCGUGUUUAUGUAGGGAGAUUAAGUUACCAUGUACGUGAAAAGGAUAUUCAGCGUUUUUUUGGUGGUUACGGAAAGCUGGUGGAAAUUGAUUUAAAAAACGGGUAUGGGUUUGUUGAAUUUGAAGAUUCACGGGAUGCAGAUGAUGCAGUGUAUGAACUGAAUGGUAAAGAUCUCUGUGGAGAGCGUGUCAUAGUGGAACAUGCAAGAACCCCUCGUCGUCUCCGAAAAGGUUAUCAGGGUAGCUACAGCAAUUACAACUAUAGUGGUCGUGGCGGCGGGGGUGGAGGUGGUGGAUAUGGCAGUAGUAGUAGUGGAUACAGCAGUCGCAAGUCUGGCAGAGACAAAUAUGGACCACCUGUACGCACAGAGUAUAGAUUGAUUGUGGAGAACCUUUCAAGUCGCUGCAGUUGGCAGGAUCUGAAAGAUUUUAUGAGACAAGCUGGUGAAGUAACAUAUGCAGAUGCUCACAAGGAACGCACAAAUGUAGGUGUCAUAGAAUUUAGGUCCUACUCUGACAUGAAACGAGCUUUAGAUAAACUUGAUGGCACAGAGAUUAUUGGUAGAAAAAUAAGGUUGAUAGAAGAUCGACCACACCGCAGGCGUUCCUAUUCUGGAAGCAGCUCAAGGUCACGAUCUAGGAGUAGACGCCGUUCUCGUAGCAGAAGUCGCAGAAGCAGUCGUAGUAGAUCUCGAAGUGCUUCUAGAAGCAGAUCCCGGUCGCGAUCAAAAUCACGAUCAAGAAGUAAGAGUAAGGAGAAGUCCAAAGCAAGCAAAUCCAGAUCAGAAAGCAAAUCAAAAGCACAACUUGACAGUGGUUCACGAUCUCGAAGUAGAUCGGAUGGGAGGUAUGAAGAAAGAUCUCGCAGUAGGUCUGUCUCUCCUAAAGAAAAUGGAAAUAGAAAUGCAAAGUCAAGGUCACGAUCAGUUUCACACUCUCCAUCUCGUGAGAAAUCCUUGUCAAACUCUGCCGCUGUGCGCAAAAGAUCAAUUUCAAGAUCUUACUCGAGAUCUGUGUCUAGGUCAAGGUCUCGAUCACGUUCCCGCUCUGCAUCAAGGAAUUAAGACUGAAAUUUUUAUAUGCAUAUAUACAUUAUUGUAUACAUUGAGACAGUUGUUAGCGAGGUUACUAUUCCUAAAUUCAUUUAGGUUUUAGCGUGUGUUCUGUUGUCUAGGUAUUUUGCGCCUUUUAUGGAGUUGGGAUUACACCAGUCAUGCGCUUUUAUCCCCUCUUGAAUGACAAAGUUAGGAGGACAUUUUGCUUGAAAGUGUAAAUUUAAUCAUGUUUAGUUGUAUAGCAUAAUGAGGCAGAGUUUUGUUUCGUUUUUUAGUAAGCAAACAAAAUUAAAGGGGAGGCUGCGAAACACACUAGUUUGCUAGCUAUAAAGCUGUUAAAUGGUAUAUUUUGGACAGUGCUCAUCCUUUUCAGAUUUAAUAAAAUAUAGAUGUAAUCUCUAUCAUUCUACAGAAGUGUUUUGGGCAAGAACGAUUGGAAACGUAAAUGUUGCUUACCCAAUUUACUGUUAUUGAGUAAUGUAAUUUGAUCACUUCUGGUUUAAUUUCCUUUAAAAAUGUUAUUUCCCAUGUGCUUUAUAUGUCUGUUGGUCUAGUUACCUGGCCAGGUUUCAUUAUUUAGCAAUAAAGGCUGUGUACAGCAUCCACUGUUACUCAGUUUAAUUUAUUGCCUAAAUUAUUGUAUCCUUGCUGUAUGUGACUAUACUGUAAAGUUACUGUUAAGCUGCUGCCACGCUUGCAUGAUGCCAUUUCACUGGAAAAGACCAUUUUCAGUGCAAGAUGUAUUAAAACCCCUUUACAUUUUGCUGCGUGUGCUCUUCUUUUAGUUUGACUACCUUUGCAGCAUUUGUGUUUGUAUACUUGUGCAUUUUUAUUUUAUGGAUCAUUCUGUUAAUCUGCAGAGGUAAUGGCAGCUCAACAAAAUGGGAUCUUUGAUACAGUAAGUAACCAUCUUUUAGUCUUUGUACAUUAUGUAGUUUUUGCAUACUGAAUUAAACAUUUAAUUUUA